AUGGACUUCUAUAACCGCGAACGACCGGGAGUGAUACGGCAACCUGGGAGGAUGACGGCCAUCAAGACCAUGAAACGACCACGACAGAGCAAGCCGUCCGCAACAUACUCCGUCGACCCCGUGGAGCUGUCUCGCCGACUUUCGCUGGUGCUCGAGGAGCAACAGAGGACUGCGGAACGCCGGAGGCGCGCAAGCCUGAAUCCUGACUUUGCGUCAGGAUAUCAGCAGCAAGAUGGCAUCGCAGCUUUCAGGGCAGCGGAUUCGUCCGUGAGCACAGGGCUUCGUCGUCCAGAAGCCAAAAUCGACACCCACAAGAGGAAAUCGUCCCAAAAACCGUCUUUAGGGGACGCGGCAAAGGAGGGCACCCAACCCAGUCAUCCAUAUGUACCUCGUGAGGCUGCUUUACAGUUCUCCGUCACAACAACGGCCAUCAGCAUGAGGGAAGGCACCGGAACUAGCGGGCUUGUCCGCAGGCUAUCCAGGAGUGCACUCAGACUCCAUCUCAGCAGAGACGAGCAGCAGAAAGCUUCCAGCGGGCGAAAAUCGGAAUCAAGUCAAGUGCACGGUGGUCGCAUAGCCGAAGAGGAGGCAGAGGGUGGCACCAGCGAUCAGCAAGAAGAAAACAAGCGCGGCAGCAAAGGUCUUCAUCCGGAAAGGAAGUCCGAGGAACCUAAUGUCCGCGACUCGCAAGUCGUAUCGGACUCCCUAGAUCACCACAGCAGCAACACGCCGCCACCACCUCUGGUCAAGCCACUGCACAUCUCUAUCGCGAACGAGCAUCGUGUAGAUUGGACGCAGAGUGACGAAGUCAAAAAGACCAAGCUGUCGCCCCUCUUAAGACGGCCGGUAUCCACCUGGACGUUGCGAGGUCGACUGGUUGGCAAGGAAAAGGGGUCAUUCCCCAACGAAGUUGGCCCAGAAUCACCCGAGUCGAAGUCGCCCAAGUAUGGAUUCUUCGCUAGAUUCAGGCGUUAG